CCCCUGUUUCCAGUCCCUGCGCGACGCACUCGACAACAUCUUCGACGCGCGCGUGCCCUCGGCGUGGAAGCGCGGCUCGUGGGAGUCCUCGACCCUGGGCUUCUGGUACGCGGAGCUGAUCGAGCGCAACCAACAGUUCUCCACCUGGCUGUACGACGGCCGGCCGCUCAUGUUCUGGAUGACGGGCUUCUUCAACCCCACUGGUUUCCUGACCGCAAUGAGACAGGACAUAACCCGCAGCCACAAGGGCUGGGCGCUCGAUCAAGUCGUCAUCACCAACACAGUCAGCAAGAGCGGCAAGGAGGAGUGGAAGCCCACCGGGAAGGAGGAGGGCGUGGCGGUGUACGGCCUGUUCCUGGAGGGCGCGCAGUGGGACCGCCGCAGCGGCAUCCUCAAGGAGUCCCACGCCAAGGUCAUCUACUCGGCCAUGCCCGUCGUCGUCAUAUCCGCCGGCGUGCUCUCCGCGCCCCGCGACCCCAAGCUGUACAUGUGCCCAGUCUACAAGAAACCGCGUCGGACCGACCUGACAUUCAUUACCAACCUCUGGCUGACAAGCCCGAAAUCGCCAGAUCACUGGGUGCUGCGAGGUGUUGCCAUGCUGUGCGACACCAAAUAAAGCUCCUCUCUCUGCUUGUGGUGUUUCUCGCCUUUAUUUUCAUCUGUUACCUGGUAUUUCUUAGCUACCAUGAGAAGGGUUUAAUGAAACCAUCUAGAAAACCAGCUUAAUAAAGCUUAAAGCCUA